UACGACUUGCCUACUUUCUCUCUCACCUACGUAUGUAGUACACAGAAUACAAUACGCAAAUUGCACGCACUUUCUCUCUAAAACGACAAGGGGAAAUGAAGAAAAAGAUGUCAAUAAAGGGGAGUAGAGAAAAAGGGCAAAGGCCACUGCCUCUUUGUUUUUUCUCAAACUAGGCACCAAAAUCCACCAACACCUCUGAUCAUUUUUGUUACCAAAACCCUAAAGUUUCCAUCUUUCUUCUUCUUCUUCUUCAUAUAUACCCUCACUCUCUCUCAUCCUUCUCAUUUCUUCCCUAGAUUGUGUUGUGUGUGUUUAUUGUAGCCUUCCUUCUGUAUACAUUUGGUGUGUGAGAAUCCGCAUCCGUUUAUAUUUACUAGCUUCAGGGAUCACCCAAUUGAUCUUUGGUGUCUGUAUAGGGUGAUAAAGAUUGAGUCUUUGGAGGAAUUCAGGAGAGGGUGUUUGUCUUGACUGAUAAGAUAUAUAGAAUUCUUGAAUUUUAGAGUCUUUUUUGCAUUUUGGGUUUGGUUCAAUGGCUGCUGGUGCGGAGGUUUCUGAUGAGACAGCACUGGCUAAGGCCCCUGCUGUUGAGAAUUCUUCUCCAUUGCCCAACACUGCUGCUGAUUCCAACAAAAUUUCUGAUGCUGCUUCUGAUCUUAGCACCAAUGCCAAAUCUGAAUCUGUGAUGAAUGGUGAUAAGGAGUCUGAUUCUGAUACCAACUCCAAUUCAGGGUACCAAAUGCAGGAUAUUGUUGAUAUGCUCAAGACAUUGAAGUUGAAUCCACUGGCAAAGGAGUUCUUCCCUUCUUCCUAUAACCAAGAACAGAAGCUGGUCAAUAAUUUUGUGGGAGUUAAUAAGCGUCAGGGGGCUGAUGGUUUGCCUAAUAACCGAAGGAGAGGAAACAACCAGAACCAGGGCAGAAGGAGAAUGAAUAACAGAGCUUUCAAUGCUCAAAGAGAAGAUAGCAUCAGGCGAACAAUUUAUGUAUCUGACAUUGAUCAAAAUAUCACUGAAGAGCAACUGGCUGCACUGUUUAGUGCCUAUGGACAAGUUGUUGACUGCCGCAUUUGUGGCGAUCCUCACUCCCGUCUUCGCUUUGCUUUUGUCGAGUUUGCUGAUGAAUACUCUGCAAGAGGAGCGCUUAAUCUCUCUGGUACGAUUUUAGGUUUCUCGCCACUGAAGGUCCUGCCUUCGAAAACUGCCAUCUUACCUGUGAACCCCACAUUCCUUCCGAGGUCUGAGGAUGAACGUGAGAUGUGUGCUAGGACAGUUUACUGUACCAACAUAGAUAAAAAGGUUACUCAAGCUGAUGUCAAGAAUUUCUUUGAAACAAGAUGUGGUGCGGUUUCUCGUCUAAGGCUUUUGGGGGAUCAGGUGCACUCAACCCGCAUUGCUUUUGUUGAGUUUGUCCUGGCUGAUAGUGCGAUUCUGGCCUUGGAUUGUUGUGGCGAAAUAUUGGGAUCCCAACGCAUCAGGGUGAGUCCUUCGAAGACACCAGUGAGGCCACGGGCACCUCGAGCUGUUAUGGCUUAGCGAUCUGCAAAUGCUCGAGGUCUAGAUGAGAUAUGGCGCAAGCCAGGCAGCCAGCCAGCCCCGCAUGGUAGAUACUUCUUCAGUACGUUAUGGAGGAUGGUGAUCGAACUUUUGUUCUGUAAUUCCCAUGUUUUCUUUUUCUGCUAGAAGCACAUUCGCUUUUGCAACUGAACUAUGACCAGUUUACCUGCUUUAGCUUCACUGCUGAAGUUUCAAUGAGAAUCUUUCAACUUUUUACUAUA